GCGAUUCACGUAUUUCGCUCGCCGCAAUGGGUUUUGAUUUGUGAAAGGAAAGCUCGCCAUCGUCUACCGCGCAGCAAUGGUUUGUGAGAAGUGCGAAAAGAAGCUUGGCAAAGUGAUUACUCCAGACCCGUGGAAAGCGGGAGCCAGAAACACUACCGAAGGUGGUGGUAGGAAAAUCAACGAAAACAAAGCGCUGAGCAGCGCCGCGAAGGCUCGAUACAACCCGAUCGCCGGCAACUUCGCGCCGUGUCGGAUUUGUAAGCAAAAGAUUCACCAAGCUGGUUCGCAUUACUGCCAACAGUGCGCCUACAAGAAGGGCAUCUGCGCCAUGUGCGGCAAAAAGUUACUGGAUGUCAAGAACUACCGGCAGUCAUCGGCCUAGGGACGCGCACAACAAAUGGAUCCAUAAGACUUGUACCUCAUUCUUGCACUGGCAAGGACUACUUCUAUUUGAAAAAUUUCGACCGGAGAUGGGCAUUCGGCAUUAAAGGCGGCAGAAGUGACUAAAACCCAUUCGCUUCUGUUUGUGACCACAGCUAAAGUAUCACACCGUGCGCAUCGCCAGGUUCGGUUGUCGUGUCGUCACUUCCCUCUUUCUGUUUCUUUCGCUGUGCGUAACUGAGGCUUGCUUUAUCAAAAUCCAGCGGCAUGAUGCCGAGAUCGCCGCUGUAACGGUUCUUCGCUACCUGCAGAUAUUUUUUGCCCCGCACCGACGUCAGCCGCUUGUCCUGUAUGAUUAGCACGUUGUCCGCCUCCUGCGAUGCUUUCGCCCCGCCAAAGAUCGAACUGGUCGUCAGUUCGUCCGUGUCGCGCUCCUUCCGCGGAUGUAUCACGAGCGUUACGUGACAAUUGCGGCGUGUGGCAAACGAACGGAACGACCCAAUGAUCGCAUCCUGCUUCCAGUACCGAUCGAGAUGCUUACCCUCGUCGAGGACACCCAUCAUGAAUUGCAAAUUGUCAAUUAUCACAUGGUUGAUGUCGUGUACAUACUGCGCGUGUUCGAUCGCUUCCAUUACCAGCUUGAUCGGUUGCUGGCCGUGAAAGGUCAUAAAAUAGAUCGGCAACCGCUCGAACUCGUCGGCGCAUCGCUCAAAUUCAAUGAGGUUGUCGCUCAACGGGCGGCCCAGCAUCUGUCGAAGCAGCGUGGCCGCCAAUCGCGUGUUACGUAUCUCAAACGAUCCCCAGAGCGUCGAAACACCUUGUUGGGCCAGGUCGAGCGAAUAGUCUGACAUGAAGGUUGUCUUUCCACAGCCCGUUGGCCCAGUCAGCACGGUCAGCUCGCCUUUGCGGUGCCCUUUGAGCAGUUUGUUGAGCGACGGAUAGCGCUGCCACUUGACACCCUGCACCUUAUCGAUGUUCUGUAGAUCGCUUAACACGUCCUGGCGCAGAGUUCGAAACGUUGUGAUCGAUUGAUGCAAAAUCGUUUGUGCUUUCGCCAGGAUCGCCCUCAGCUCAAGGCCCUCUUUUUGACCAAGAGCCUGAUAUGGUGUGGGAUGUUGGUCUGUUGGUCGCACAAACAGGCAGCGCCGUUCGUCCAAUUUUUUGGCAUAGUGCCGUGCCGUAUCCCAGCCUGCCGUGUCAUAGUUGAACCACAGUGUCAGCCGUUGAAACCUCUCCAGCGCAGGAAGGCACUGCUGCGGGAGAUUCUUGAGUCCGUGUG